CGAUUCGGUGGUCUUCGAAUUCGGCUUGAUCUUCUUGGUGCUACAUUGUUUUCAUUACUGAUGGAUGGCUGAUUGUCCUGCGAGUUUUCUUCAUAAUCGAAACCUUCAUCAUCAGUGUCUUCUUCUCGUGGUUUAUUUAUUCGCUUGAAAUGUGACACGUUCCGUUUCACAAUAUGACCAUCUUUACUUUGAGCAAGUAUUUCUGAACCAGUUUUCUUUAUCACUUUAUACGGUUUGUGAUUAAAAUUCGCAGUUAGCUUGUUUUUCUUUUCUUGUCUAACCAGUACAUAAUCUCCAACUUGUAGAUCACUUUUUCUUGUGUUUCUCCUUUGAUUUGCAUAUUCUCGGUUGCGUUCUUGUCGUGUUUUCUCAUUGUCUCGAGCUUCUUUAUGUCGAUUGACAAUCUUCUUGCUGUUUAUUACUGGUAAUUUUCCUUUUAUCACUCGGUUAAACAACAGUUCUGAUGGAGGUACUCCUGUAGUGCAAUGUGGAGUGGUACGAUAUUGUAAAAGAAAACGGUUCAAUUCUUGUUUCCAUGGUCGUCCUUCGAGUGUCGCUGUCUUGAGCGCUUUUCCUAACGGUCGCAUAAAUCGUUCAACUGUAGCAUUACCUUGGGGCCAAUAGGGUGUUGAAAACUUAGCUUGAAUACCAAGGGCUUUCAGAUAUCGUGCAUAGUCGUCUCCAUUAAAAGGGGGACCAUUGUCAGAUAUAAGGGUGUCAGGAAUGCCAUGGACUGAGAACAUUUUGUCAAGUUUUGGAAUGACUGUUGAGGCUCGUGUUGAAUGAACUAUCUCAACCUCUGGGAAUCUGGAGUAUCUAUCUACCGCCACUAACAGAUAUUCAGACGAUGGUAGUGGACCAUAAAAAUCUAUGUGGACAGUUCUCCAUGGUAACUCUGGCAUUUCGGUCAUACGUAAUGGUUCUGGAGGAUUCGCCUGUCCGACAGCUUGACAAGUGGUGCACUUAGCAAUUGUGUUUUUGACUUGGUUGUCAAUUUGCGGAAACCAGAUUUUUUCACGAAUUAGAGACUUCGUUUUCUCUAUUCCUAAGUGUGUCUCAUGUGCUAUAUCUAUUGCACGUUGUUGUAGAGCUGCAGGAAUGACAAUCCGUGUUCCUCGAAGUAUAACACCGUGUGUGGUAAACGUAAGUUCGUUUUUUACGGCUUUGAACGGUUUUACAAUUGGGGAAUCCCAUUUGUUUGUUUUAAUUGCAUCAUGGAGUGCUGUUAGUGCUGCGUCUGCGUUAGUUGCAUUGAUUAUUUCUUGUAAUGUCAUCGCCUUAGGGACACUGUUUUGAGUUAUAAAAUUAAUAUAUUGUUCCGUCAUCUUCUCCUGUUUUCGUUUGCUUUCGUUUGUUGGAUGACGGGAAAGAUAGUCCGCAGGGUUGCUGGCACCUGAUUUAUAAAUUAUCUUAAAGUGUCUAUGACAUGAAAAUCUCGAAUUGAUUUUUUUUCGAUAUAUUGAAAGAUCUAUAUGUAUAAAACAACCUGGCAAAAUUUCAUGUUAAUUGGUUUGAUAUUCUUUAAACUAAAACGAUUUAAAGUAGGAUAAAUUGUCAGUAAUUGUGCGAAUUUCUUUCGCGCGGUCAAUCAAGGUAUCAUAUGGCCUGUGACGUAGGCGUAUGGACAUAUCAGAAUCACAAUGUUUUAUAUUUGCAAGUAUGGCGGAAUCACAAAAAGCUCCUGUGAAGCGAGGUGGAAGAUACUGUGUUUGUGGCGGUCCUGGUGGUGUUAGUUGCAAAAAUUCUACGCACACACCAGGAAUAAUUAUGCAUAAAUUUCCUUCGGAAAAAACAAGACCGGACGAACGAAGAUUGUGGACAAAAUUUGUGAGAAGACACCGCACAAAUUUCUCACCCACACAAUACUCCGUUGUGUGUUCUGCGCACUUCGAGCCCUCGUGUUAUCCGCAGAGCUUUUCUCUGGAUAUCCCAGAACAUCUCAGACCGAAAGCGAGAUAUUUAAAGCCCGAUGCUCUGCCAACAAUUGAUGCUGUUCCGUUGGAGACAGAUAAAUUGAAAUCAACACCAGUUUCAAAGCGUCAAAACCGAAUGGUAAAUAUGAUUAUCUCAAUAUACAGUAUAUGUGUGAAUAUGUUUAUAAUGAUCUGAUUGUUUGUGUGUGUGCUGUUCUCUUGUGUUGCAUAUAUGUUUCAAGAUUAUAAUCACCAAUAUAUGACUUAAAUGUAAUAUGCAAAUACAUAUAUAGCGUAUACUUUAUUUACAUAUAUAGCGUGCACGUAAUAUUCGCCAACUGCUUGACUUCUCGUCUGGUUCUGGGUCAGUGGCAAACUCUGCAAGUGACAUGGAUAUCGACGAUGAUACACUAUUGGAUGUAGGUGAUAUUGUUGUUUCAGAAAAUGCCAACAACGAGCAAGAACCCGAAGUUGUCAACCCAAAAAAUGACCAAUCGUUUGCAAGCGCUUCGUUGAACGACCCCAACGUUUUGGCUAUGUCACCGUGCUCAGCUUGUGCUGAAAAGAAGGGGAAAAUUAUAUCCUUGCAAAAAUUGAAGUCUGGCCAGAGAAAGCAUCUGAAGAAGCGCACUGAAACAAUUCGUGACUUGAAGUUUGAAAUCAGACAUCUGGAGGCGGUAAGUGGAAAGAAUUAUACCAAAAUAUCUUUCGAGCUGAAAUGAGUCUAGGGUGGUUUGUUUUGAAAUUACAAGAUGAGGGACCCAAACACAAUGUAGUUGAUGAACACGUGCGAUUUGUUUGGGUUUAUUUAUUUAUAGUUAUUUGUAUUUUUUUACCAGCAACUUGCACAAAAGGAUGAAAUAGUGAAUAAUCCAGUGAGUGAUGAUGUAGCAAACCCAUCUGCUUGUGAUGUUAGCAUGGAUGAAGAUUCAUCCUCAGAUGAUGAUGAUGGUGAUAAUGAUAGUGAUGCGAGUGUUCACGAUGAUGACCCUGAUUGGGAGUAUGAUGCGUAUGCAUCAGAUGAUGAUGAAGUAGAGGAAGAUGACGAACCAGUUCCAUCGAAGCGAGAAGUGAGGUAUAGCAUGUUAGUAGUAUGAAUAGUCUGAAAAGCACUGCAGCAUUUCAUUUUUAGAAAUAUUAGCCAGCCUAAUAUUUAGAUAUUAUAUACGUCUUUUAUCAUCUGUAGGGUUGAACCAGGAGUGUUGCCGAUGGAUGAGCCUAAAUUCAUUGUAUUUUAUACAAUGCUGAUGACCCUGUUUUCUAAGUUCUGCUUUAAUUGCAAAUCAGAUCUGCCCUCUGUGUCAGUGAAAGUACAUGGAACAAUGGCUACAGUAGAUCAAGAGUGCAAGAUAUGCGGUAGAAGUUACAAGUGGCACAGCCAGCCUUUGGUCCUUGGAAGAUACCCGGCUGGAAACAUCUUGCUCAGCUUUGCGGUGCUGAUGGCUGGUGGAUCUAUUAGCAAAGUUUUGCUAAUUUUCAAACACAUGGGUCUUGCAGUUUAUUCUGCCAGAACUUUCUUUCGCCAUCAAACCAAGUUUUUAUUCCCAGUUAUUUUGAAACACUGGACCAACUGCAGAAACAACAUGAUGAGGACAUUGAAGAACAUCUCCAAUGCUUCUUGGUGUGGAGAUGGGAGGUUCGACUCAAUGGGACACAAUGCCAAGUUUGGUGUAUACAGCAUGUUCUCUGCUGAUCUGUCAAAGAUAGUCCAUUUCGAACUUCUGCAGGUAUAUAUAUAUAUAUAUGUAUGUAUAUAUAUAUAUGUAUGUAUGUAUAUAUAUGUAUAUAUAUGUAUAUAUAUGUAUAUAUAUGUAUAUAUAUGUAUAUAUAUGUAUAUAUAUAUAUAUAUAUAUAUGUCUGUGUGUGUGUGUGUGUGAAAUUCAACUAAUAUGAAAAAAUUAAUAAAUUAAUUUUUUAAUGUGUUCAUAUUAGUUGAAUUUCACACUCCAAAAUAUAAUUCACUCCACAAUCUUUGUGUUCAGCACUCUUAGUAGCAUAUAAUAUAGCCAGAUUACUGUAGCCUACUUCAGUAUUUUACUGUGUCUAACGACAAAUACAUGAUUUUACUUGUCAAGGGGAGGGCGUUGAUGCUAAAAGGAUUAACUAAAAAUAUUUAGUAUUAGUGUGAGUAUGUAAAACUAGGUACAUCUGUGCAUUGCCAGCCAGCUAAGAGGUAAUAGACCGAUAAGAUGCAUUUGCCACUGACAAUGUACUGGUAGCUGUGUUUGAAUUUUGUCAAUCAGGGCCAUAGUGAAGAGGCUAAAUCAGGAGGUGUAGUAUCGCAUUUCAGCCCCUAAUUAACCCAUUUAGCUGCAGAGCUUCUCCAUUGACAAGUAGAGUCGUCUGGCUGCCUCUUCAAUCUGUAGACUAUUGUCCUAAUUUCUUAUAUAGGCAAAUGAAACUGGCAGCAGCAAUGCGAUGGAGUUGGAGGGAGCAAAGCGAUGUUUUGCUUAUUUGAAGAAAUGUGGCUUAACCAUCAAUAUUUUUAUAUCUGAUCGUCAUCGUGGCAUCUCCAAAUGGAUUAGAUGUCACCAGAAAACAACGCAACAUUUCUUUGACAUAUGGCAUAUUGCCAAGUCAAUCAUAAAGAAAGUGCUAAAAGCCAGCAAAGAAAAGGGUUGUAAGGUGUUACAAAAAUGGACAAAAGGAAUUAAAACACAUCUUUAUUGGUGUGCUACCUCAACCAAACCAGGAUUUGGGGACUUAAUUGUGGCAAAGUGGAAAUCAUUUAUGCGCCAUGUAUGCAAUAUACAUGAUGAUCACCCUGAUGAGCUUUACAAGAAAUGUGCCCAUGAAGAACUGGAGAAAAGAAAAUGGCUUAAACGCUGUAAGUUGUUUUUAACCCAUUGAGUUGCAUUGUGCCUUGAUCUACACUAUUUAUUUAUUUUGCUCUGUCAAACACCAGACUAUUCUACUUGUCAAGGGAAGAGCGUAUUAAAUUACAGGGGAGAGUGGGUUAAUCCAUUAAGCACCAGCGCUCUCCUCUUGACGAGUAAGAUCAUCUGGCGUUAGACAGAGUAAAAUUCUAAAGUAGGGUGGGUCAGGGCGCAAUGCGACUCAAUGGGCUAAAUUACACUACAUGUCAUGUACUUUGGCUACUUCACUGAUUGGCAUAAUAAUUGAAUCAGUGAAGACAAGCCAACCAGUGUAUAGGUUGUUGCAUUGUAAACAUGGCAAUAUGUUGGCUUGAAAACAUAAGUUACUUGACACUGAUAGUUUGACUUCUGCAAAGCUGCACUAAAAUUAAACUUUUUGCAUUCAACUUUAGGUAGCAAACCAUAUGAAAAACUGAAUGCCAUUGUCAACAAGACAACAUACAUCAAUGAUGUAAGAAAGAUGUCAUCUGAUGCUCAAACUGGUUGUCUGGAAGGCUUCCAUGCAACCCUAAAUCAUUGGCAUCCCAAGAUGUUGAGCUUCUCCUGGAUGGGAACAUAUUGCAGGUACAGCUAGAAAUUACCAACAGUAUCCGACAUUGAAGAAUGCUGGAUGCUGUAAUAACGUAAUCAUAAUAUAUAUAUAUAUAUAUAUAUAUAUAUAUAUAUAUAUAUAUAUAUAUAUAUAUAUAUAUAUAUAUAUAUAUAUAUAUAUAUAAUAUUACUAAUAUAUUUACAUCCUUAAUGAUAAGAAAUUGUUUGUCCUUUUAUCAACAGGCACAUAUUAGCAUGCAUGCAUUUCAAUGAAAAUGUAAGCAGGAAGUCAAAGACAGACAAAAAUGGGGAGGUUUACAUGAAAGUGACCUACCCAAAAUACAAGUUUGGAGAGGAGCUGGUUCGUGAAGUUGCUUGUUCACCAACAUAUGGUAAAUUAUCUUUUUGUGUUCUUGUAAUGGGACUCUCUGCAAAAACAAAUUCCCACCUAGACAAAGAGAAUUCCUGUUGGCUUUUGAACAGAACAGGACCCUUAGGGUGUGAGCACUCCUUUGGCUGUGAGCAAUCUAUUUGACUAGGUUUACCCUUCCCAGAUUAUCAUUCCUUUCAUCAUAUUCAAAGCUUUUGUCAUUAAGUGCAUUUAAGAUGUUUUAAUACAGUUUUUUUCAGCGAUUUUUUAGGACUGUAAAACUGCCCCAAAAACUCAAUCUUGAAUUGAGUUUUGAAUCUUUUCACCAAAAGACUCAGUGCAGUAAAAAUGAAGUUGUUUGAGUUAAAUUCAUGAUGUGUGCAAAUUAGUUUUCAGUUGGAAACCCCACCAAGAAAAAAUGGCUGGAAUUCAUUUCACGACACAAGAAAACAAUACAUUCGCUAUCUUUAACUAGUUUAUAGUCUCCCUUUGUGACCCUGCUUUAACACAUUGCAUUUCAACUACACUUAUUGGGUACCGGUACAGGCGUCAGCCUCCCACAGCUGCCCCACACCUCCAGCUGUUCAGCUAAAGUCAAUCUUCUCUGCAAAAACAGACCCAAGCGAAAAUCCCGAAAAAAAAACCUGUUAAUAAUAUAGUUGUCAAUUUUAGACUCUUUUGUGUUCUAUAAAUAUAUUAUCUUGCUUAAUUAAGGCUAUGUCUCUGAAAUGAAAAAGCUUCUGGUCACUGUAUCAAAGGUUGAAAUGAAGGAGAUAUAUACCAAACAAAAACAGAAAGAACCCAGUCCUCUUACAGCGCAAUUCAUUGAUCGUCUCUCGAGAGAAGAUGCCAUAAAGCGACAAAAGGAAAGACGGCAGAAAACUGUGCAAUUAAUUCCAGCAGGUACAGUAAAACAUACACCCUCUCCCAUAUGCAGAGCAUCUGAGCUUGUAACCACAUGUAAAUCACUUUGAGUUGCAAAACAUACCAAAACACAUUGAGUUGCAUGUGCCCAACUUCACUGUAUUAUUUUACUGUCUAGCACCAGACAAUUUUAUGUGCCAAGGGAAGAGCGCUGGCACUUAAUUUAAAGUCAGACAUACUGUAUUGCAUCUUAUUACAAAUAAUUACAUUAUGAUUAUUGAUAAACUCUUUAUUUUAUUGAACAAAAUGAAGAAAAAUGAAAUAUUUGACAUUUAAUUGCAGCUUUAGAACAAGAUACAUUACUGGCAUCUCAAAAAGAGCUAUUGGCAUCAAAACCCACUAAACAACCAAGACGUAAGCCGCAGUGUAAAAAAUGUGGAAAGCUCAUGAAGGGCCAUUCAGCAACAGAGUGUGCAAGACUUUAAUAUUUACAAAGAUACCUGCUGCAAACAAUAUAUUAUUAAUUUGUACAUAAUUUAUACAGUGCCCUAAAAAUGAUUAGUCUCCUUUGCAUCCAUUCCUUGUGUAGAGUUUAUCUACAUGAGUGCUCACUUGAGUACAUGCCAGUUCUGAAAACAACUAAUUACAGCAAUGUUUCCUAAUUUUAGAAACAUGGCCGGAGAUAUGUUUAUACAGUAGAUAUAUAAUUUGCUAAUAGAAUGGACAUACACAAUACAAAGAGAAUGGAAUGUGCUUGAGUGAGCAGUCACACAGAAAAACCUCUACCUGAGGAACAGCUGCAAAUGAGAUAAAAAAUGUUGCAAAUAUUUUUGCUGUUAUGUUAUUCAAUUGUACAUAGUAUGAUAAAAUAUGGUAGAAAACAUUUCUUUACAAAAAAUAUAACAAUACAACAAUUAGCAAAGACUCUUAAUUCAUGUGUAACAGUUAUGAGUUGUACCGUCCGACACUCAUGGAAAUUGGGGAAACGAGAAAUUGUGUGGAAACAUGACGGCUUUUUGCACAAUUUCUUGUUUUCCCAAUUUCCACAAGUGUUGAUAUAACUGUCAAUAUGGAAAAAUAUUUUAUUAUUUUUAUAAUAUAGCACAAAGAAAUAUAAAGAAAUGAAUGUUCCAUGUUGAGAUUGAGUUAUGUCAACACAACUCUUAGCCAAUUAGCAUUCAGAAUUUAUAUAUUAUUUAUUAAUCUAGGUUUAUACACAACCAUUUGCCAAAGUUUACAACAAAAAUAAAAAAGAGCUGGUUUAUACUUACUCGUUGUCCACACGAAACCUGUUUCGUUGUUUAUAACGUAUACCACUUUUUGUAACUAACAGUGGUCCAACAUUUUUUAAGACCGCUUCAUGGGUUAUUGGCAAGUAUUCCCAGUGUUCUGUUAUACACAAAGCAUCCUUUCCCUCGAACGUAAAUUUCCGCAAACAUUCGCCGAUUUCUUUGCAGCAACGAUAUUCCCUGGCAUUUGCAAGCAGCUCGACACUACAGUGUCCACAUUGGCACCUUUUGUUUAUAAAAAAUAUAAACAGAGUUCAGAAAGACAUUAUUCCCCAAAAUAUUUUGAAUUAUUUUCAUUUCGUUUUAAUAUAAGCCUAAAGUGACAAUUUAAAUAAUAAUCAAGGCGACUUACCAUGAAUUUACUGGGAUAAUUCCGUCAUAUCUUUGGGCAAUAGUAGCCGAAGGAAUGCCAUCUUCAUCGUCUGUUUGCUCAUCGCUUGAACAUU